AUGUUCCAGGUGACGGUAUUCCUCUUAUACGGACUGAUUCUCUUCCAAGCAUACGCCAUGAAGCUUCACUAUACCAGCGGCCUUCGUCUCAUCACCCUACUGUUACAAAGUCCGUACUGGCCUCGAGCCAGCGUGGUGACCAGGGUUUGGCUCGCCAGCGGUAUCAUGGUCGCUGCCAACGGGAUCUUAGUGUAUGCGGCUUGCAGAGGAACGCUGAAGGCGUUGAUGAAAGAAUUGUCUUCAUCACUGCGCAUCGGCAUCUCGCAGUACCUUACAGAGCCCACGUGGAAACGUCUGAUGGACACCAUGCAGGUGGAGCUAAACUGCUGCGGUGCUGACACACCUAGCGACUGGCACGAAAUACCUUGGCUGAACAUGGACUUCUUUAAUGAAGACAAUAAUUUAAUUAUGAGAUUGGCGGGCCCCGACAGCAGACUGGUGUUCCCUGUAUCCCCGUACUCGUGCUGCAUGUUUAUUGACCCAUAA